UAGCACCCGGGCCGCCGUGGGACCUGCAUCGCGUGUGACAGCGGGCACUGGCCAUGGAGCCGGGCACCAUUGACAACCUGUCCAUCCUGUACCAGAGCUCCGACUUCAUCGUGGUCAACAAGCACUGGGACCUGCGCAUCGACAGCAAGAUGUGGUACGAGACGCUGACCCUGCAGAGCCAGCUCAAGCACCGCUUCCCCGAGCUGGCCGACCCCGACACCUACUACGGCUUCAGGUUCUGCCACCAGCUGGAUUUCUCCACCAGCGGGGCCCUGUGUGUGGCACUCAACAAAGCGGCGGCUGGAAGUGCCUACAAGUGCUUCAAGGAGCGCCUGGUGACCAAAGCCUACCUGGCCCUGGUGAGGGGCCACGUGAGCCAGAGCCGGAUGACGAUCAGUUUUGCCAUCGGGAAGAACACCAGGGAGGGCAUGACCCAUAUGAUGUGCAUCGAGGGCACAGAGGGCUGUGAGAAUCCCAAGCCAUGCCAGUCGGAGCUGGUGGUGCUGGAGCAUGGAUCCUACAGCGGAGACCCCGUCACCAAAGUGCUGCUGCAGCCACUGACAGGCAGGACUCACCAGCUCCGGGUUCACUGCAGCGCCAUCGGCCACCCCAUCGUGGGGGACUUCACCUACAGCCAGCGGCAGGACAGCAAUCCCUACAGGAUGAUGCUCCACGCCUACUACCUGCGCAUCCCCACCGGCAAGGAGCUGAUCGAGGUGUGCGCCCCCGACCCCUUCGUCUCCACCAUGGACAGCAACUGGCUGCCCCAGCGCGUCACCCAGCGGCUGGAGGACGUCAUCCAGGAGCUCAAGGACAAGGGCACGCACAAGGAGGGGGAGGAGGAGAGCCGGGAGGCUGCCGGAGAGGAGGAAGCAGGGAGUGAAGGCAGGAGGGAGGAGCCAGAGGAGCAGCGGGCGCGGUGCGAGCAGUGGUUGGCUGAGUGGGCUCUGGAGUGAGCACAAAGCACAUCCCUGCAUUUCCAGCUCCAUCCCCACAGAGCCCAGCGCUGCCUCCACACCUGCACUCCCUGUACAGCUUCCCUCGCUCCUGGGGCUGGCUUCAGGUGGAUUUUAGGAGUGGUUGAGGUGGGGUUAUUGUGUAAUGUCUGGCAUCCAUCUGGUCAUGGGAUGUCCCUUUCCAAGUCCUGGGCCUCAGCAGCAGAGUCAGUGUCACAUUCCAGCUUCCAGUGACCCCAAAGCUUUCCAUCCCUGUCCUGGGGCUUGGGCACAGCUGAACACUGCCUUUGCCAUGGACAUUCUCCAUGCUUGGAUGUGGAAUUGCAGCCCAGCACAGGGCAGGGAGAACCUCCGGUGUCCCUCAUUGCCAUUCCCUCACUCCAGCUGCUGUGUUGUGUAGGAGGUGGGAGAUUAGGGGCUGGAGCACAUUCUGGGGACACUGGUAGCCCCCCAGUCCUGGGGUGUCCUGUGAAACUGGACUGGGAUGGGCAUGAAAAGGUUCCUGCCCCUCGUCCCCUCCCUCCCUCAGCCCACCUGGGGGGUUUUUAAAGGUUUGGUGGAGAUGAAGGAGUUGAUACCAAUGGAUUUUAAACUUUUUUCAAUUUUCUAGGAAGAGAAUCUAGUCUUUUAGGGUUUGUACAAUAUGGGUGGUCUCAGGAAUGAGGUAUUUUUAAUAUUUCUGUGGUCAGAGAGCCAGCAGCCCAA